AUGAGUUGCGUUGAUUUUAUGUAUCAGUUUUAUUCACCUUAUUUCUCUUAUAAGACUCCGGCUGAGGACACACAGAAGUACCCGUCACAGCCUCUGUACGAUGGCGGCAUCACUGGACCAGGCCCCAGCAGUUUCUUUGACAACGGACACCUGCCCGACAAGGACAUUCGGGAUACGGACAAAUCUGCACAGCCGAAGGCAACACAUUACCUGGCCUCGAACUGUGUGCUAUUUACAUACUUCAGUGGGGAUACUGCCACAGUUGUAGAUGAACAUUUCUCGCGAGCACUUAGUCAGCCCAGCAGCUAUACGCUGGACAAAACACCGACAAACAACAAGCCGUACGUCAGAUCAGAUACACCUUUGAUGUGCCAUCGGAAGCUGCCACCAUCUUUCUGGAAUUCUGCAUACCAACCACCAUGCAACAACAACAGCAGCAGUAACUUCACCUUCGGCGCAGAUGCCUACUUCCAAUCUUCCUUAUACAAUUUUCACAAAGCUUGGCCAUACCAUUAUGGUUCCCAGUCUCACACGUACCCUCAUCCACAGUCCGCAGCUCAUGCCCUGUCAUAUCCAGGGAUGGACGCCACAGGACGCUUGACGUCCCAUUACGGCUCCCUAGUGAUGUCAGGACCCUCACUGUCAGGCCGGAUGGGAGAUACACGUCAUCACAGUCAGUAUGACCUCACCAAAUCGUCAGAUACCUUCUCCGGCUACUACUCCAUGGGCCGGUUCGGUUCUGAGAUGGACAGCAGUUUACCAGGGUUAGAUCUACCUCUCCAGCAGGCAAAGAAAGAGCAUUACUGGUGA